AUGGAAAACUUUAUUCAAUACAAAAUAUUUGGUGCAAGCCAGUUGAAAUUGAAGCCCGAUGUGGUACCACAUAAUUUUGCUUGUCAGCCUGAACGAGCAAACAAUUCUACCGACUUAAAUAGAACUGCAUUCAAGAAACUGAAUAGAAAGAGACUUUUAUCAGAGAUUUUGAAAGAAAAUAAUCAAGAUUCUUGCAAUAUUAAAAAACCUUGUUCAAAUGAAGGUUCUGCUAGUAAACUGCCUUUGAGUGAAUUUUCUCUCAGUGAAUUUUCUCCCAGUGAACAUUUUCAAAGUGAAUUUUCUUACAGUGAUUGUGCUGACAGUGCUCAAAAUGAAACAGCAUUAUUUACAGUUUCAAAUGCUGAGAGUGAGAAAGAAAAUAAUAUCCCAAAUACUCAAUCAUCAUUUGACCCAGAACAAACGACCAGUUGUGCUUCUAAGGAUUUGAAAGAAGUUAGAAGUAUUGGCGUUCAAACACUAAAACUAACAAAGUAUAGAAGUAAAGGCAUUACGUGCAAACCAAGUGUUAAAGAUUCUAACUGUCAAACAUUAACUGAAACAUGUGAUAAGUCUUGUUUAGUAAACAUUGUUGUAGAAAAAGCACAAAGUGAAUCUGCAAGUGACAAUUAUACAGAGACAAGCAGUGAAGUAGUUAAAACUAGUGACAGUGAAUAUAAAAUAUCUACUAGUAAUAGUGAAAAUGACAAAAUUGAAAAAAAUGAUGCCAAAGUAAAUGUGCUUAGUGUAACUAAUUAUUUAAUUAGUAUGGACUCAAAACUAUAUCUUGGUAUAUUACCAGAAUGGUUAUGGAUUCUUAAUUUAUUACAGCAGCAGACUGAUUUGCCAUUGGAUCACAUAAAAUUAACGCUACAAAAGAUAAGAUUAAAUGAUACAUUUACUCGCUUGGGUCCUGCAUUUUCCUACUCAAAUUGUCAAGCUGGUAGGAUUUUCAAUAAAAGUGUACAAAAAUUGGCACACUUACUGAAAACUUUAAUUUAUGCUCCAAGUCAAGAAAGUGUUAAAAAACUUUUGCCAAUACAGUUUAGAGCUAAUUUCAGUGAUGUUUAUUUAAUUAUAGAUGCCUUUGAAAUUCAAAUUCUCAAACCAACAGAUCCUGUACAUCAAUCAUUAACUUGGUCUGAGUAUAAAAAAUGCAAUACUUUAAAAUAUCUUGUGGCUGUCACAUGUGAUGGUAUGAUUGCAUAUAUUUCUCAAGGGUACGGUGGAAGAAUCAGUGAUGUUUUACUGUUUGAAAAAUGUGGAAUUACUCAAAUACUUCCAGAAGGAUGUGGAAUUUUAGCAGAUAGAGGAUUCAAACAGAUUGAUAACAUCCUGAAUCAAUUUAACUGUAAAUUGAUUAGACCUCCUAGCGUUUCUUCAACAGUUAAACCAUCAAAGAGUGAAGUUCUGUUAACUAAACGCAUAGCCAGCAUAAGGAUUCAUGUUGAGAGAGUCAUAAGAAGAAUUAGAGAAUACAAGUUAUUAGAACCUCAUGCCUCUCUGGACUUGGACAUAAUGCCAAAUAUUGAUUGUGCUGUUACCAUUGCUUGUGCGUUAAUAAAUCUUCAAAAACCUGUGAUAAGGACAUAA